UUGGGAAGGUUCUGGAGUGCGGAGGGGGCGGAGUUAGCUCAGUCACCGAGAGAGCGGAGUUGCGAGGAGAGUGAGGACUCGGAGCGCGGCGACUGUCGGGGACUUAGCACCGGGAGACACCGAGGGGCCGGAUGCGGUUGCUCUGUGUGACUAGGGAAGCAGAGAAAACGCGCAUUUGUUCGGCAGAUCCUCGCCUGGCUGCGCUGGUAGCUGAGUUCAGGACGGGCAAACGGAAAGAAGAGAGAGUCAGGGCCCAGACACAGAGUGCGACCCACAGAGUGCAGGACACGGCGCGGGGAGAAUGAUAGACCCGCAGGACAGUAGUCUUUUACCUUUGAUUAGCAGUCCCCAGCUCCAGUGCUGCAGGCACCUCAUUCCCGGGCCUCUGUGGUGCUCCUGAUGCCCCUCACCCACUGUCGAAGAUCCCCGGUGGGCGAGGGGAUAGCAGGGAUCCUGCACUCCCAGCUGUGAUCUAUAAGGACGAGAAGCUUACAGUUUCUCAGGAUCUCCCGAGGAAUGAUGGGAAGCCCCACCUCGUCUACUUCCAGUAUAAGGUUACCGAGGUGAAACAGUCCUCAUGGAAGGCUAUGCUGUCAAACCAGAGCCUCUUCGUGGAAAUUCCCGAGGGCAUCUUAGCUGAUGGGAGCAAAGAGGGGUUGCUGUCUCUACUUGAGUUUGCAGAAGAAAAGAUGAAAGUGAGAUAUGUCUUUAUCUGCUUCAGAAAGAGUCGGGAAGACAGAGGUCCACUUCUCAAGACGUUCAGCUUCCUGGGAUUUGAGAUUGUACGUCCUGGGCACCCUUGUGUACCGGCACGACCCGAAGUUCUCUUCAUGGUGUACACACUUGACCAGAGUUCUUCAGAUGAGGAAUGAUUUAGACAGGACGUGUAGUUACUUUUUAGCUUUUUUUCUUUUUCCUUUUUGUUUGUGUCAGAGUAGCUGUUGGGAAUUCUUGCACUUUUUCCUGGGCAUGGGAGGACAAGCACGCAUGAUCAUGCGAUGGACUGAUGUUUUUGGCCUUUUUUUCAGUUUUAUGAAUCUGAUUUGUUGUUUGACUAUCUCUGCAAUUUUGUGCAAAAGCAGCAACUUUAAGCACUUGCAGUCUGUGAUCACAACCAUAUAUUCAGAAUGUAGUUGAAGCUGCAUAAGAGAAAAUAGUUAUCUUAAAUGCCAAA